AUGGCGCAGCCCACGCCCGAAGAUGCGAAUGGCGUCAAGAUACCCGACGGCGAUGCGGGCGAGAACGGCCACGUCGUUGCGGCGCCCGGCAAGCGAAAGCGCGACAGCGACAAUGGCGACCGGCCCGAGGACGGCGACGAGAUGGAUGUGGAUAGCAAGCCGGAAUCUGAAGAUGAGCCCCAUGCAAAGCGUCAGAAAUCGGCCGAGCCGCCAACGAAGCUGAGCAUCGCCGACAAAGUGGCUGCCGACGCAUACACCUCGCUCGAUGCCAUCGCAGCAGACCUCGCUUCUGCCGUCAAGGCCUCGCUGUCUGAAAUGGACCUCGGGUCUUCGGAUUCUGGUGCGAGAGCUGUUAGCCUGAAAAGGGCCGCGCAGAUCAAUGAAUUCCGAGACAGAGCCAUGGAUCUACUCCGCCGCGAAAAAGCGUACCCCGACACGCGGCAAGAGCCUGCACACGGAGAAGUCGAGGUGCAUACUGCGUCCGAAAAGAGUGAAAUGGUUUUGUCGCUGGUUGGCUAUGCGCCUCAGGAAAGGCGUUUGUUUUCUAGUUUACCGCUGUCUAAAGAUGUCGAUUUGUCUGACCUUAGCCUCCCGCCUGGCGUGUCCAUCACCCGAGUCAUCCCCUCCAAUCCCCAAGACCAAACGCAAACUCUCGGCGAGCUAUUUGCUCCCCCACGCCCCCUUCCGCCUCUUCAGCCACCCAAGCAACCAAAGACACAAGCCAAGGGAAAUCGCCUAGACUUUUAUCAUCCUCACUUGACCGACAGCUCCCGCUACCGGGGCAACUCCUACUUCAACACAAAACUGUCCACUGGCUACUACUUGGAUUACAGCCAGGCGACGCCUUCAUGGCAGACCAAGACAAAGCAGCAUGAGCGUGCGCAAAGUCUUGCCGGCCGGAAGCCCUCGCUUUUCGAAUUGGAAAUGUCCGAAAUGGAGACGCUCUUCCGAGGGGCCUUUUCCACGUUCGCGCCAUGCAAAGAUGAUACUGCUGCAGUAGUGCCGUCUAGCGUUGCCAGCCGGAUUUGGUGGCAGCGCAGUGGCAAGCAGAGCUUCCAGCGAAUGAUUGAAGUGGAAUACUAUGGCGACCUCCAAGAUGCGGAACCCGUCGACCCCGCGCGGCCAAUAGAAUUAGACGAAGGCGCAGUGCAAGAAGCCAUUGAUAACUGGGACGAGACAGUUGUCGACCCUUCCUUGGACGACGUGAUGGGAUCCAAGCACGAUGAACAGGACAAGGAGGUUGACGAAAUCCUCGAAGAGGUCAGCGACUUGAUCGAGACGCUAUCCUCUUACCAGCGCAUCCGCAACCUGACGUUGCCCAAUUCGCAAAACCGCCAGUCAAGCGACCCCAUCAAUGGAGACAUGCUAGCCAAUGCUGGGCCCCAGCCCUCUGAAGAAGAACAGGCCACCUACCUGAUGCUAAAGGCCCAAUUGGCGCUCAUCAUCAAGACGCUGCCGCCAUACGCAGUGGCUAAGCUGAACGGCGACCAGCUUGAUGACCUCCUCAUUAGCACCAAGAUCAUGGUUCGCACUGACCAGUAUAACGGCACUAUGGACGAGGACGAGGCGAGCGCGCAAGCUCGGCUCAAGGCGCAGCAACAAGCGGCGGCACAAGCAGCGCAAGCCAAUGCCAGACAGGCGCAGCGUACGCCCAGUGUUUCUGCCGUGCCGUAUCCUAACCAAUAUGCGGCGGCGGCGGCAAACCAGUAUGGCGCACCCGCUCGGCCUGCCCCUCAGCCUCAGCCUCAGCAUCAGCAGUACUACCGUCCUACACCAGCUCCCAACUAUCAGCAGCCUCGCAAUCUGGGCCCACCAGCUCCUCCUCAGCAAAGGCCUCCUCAACCGAACCAAUACACUCGUACCAAUGGCUAUCCGAACCAGUAUGCCACCCAGCUUGCCAAGGCCCAAACUCCAUACGGCCACCAAAGCCUGCCGCAACAAUAUGCAACCCAACAGAGGCCCAACUAUGGGCAAAUGCCGCCGCAGCAAGGCGCACCUGCAAAUUACGGGACGUACGCUAAUAGUCCGGCUGCAAUCCCGGCCAGAACCAUGUCUCCCCAAGUAGGAGCCCGGCAAACAUUUAGCCCAUCGCCUGCUGUGCCACAGAACCAGGGUUAUUCAGCACCAGCUCCGACCAUGGCGAGCCAGAUGAACCGAUUUCCUAGUGGGAGCCCCGGAUUGACUGGAUACCACACCGUCAUCCCGGAAGCCCAGCAGCAGCGGAUUUUAGACCAGGCCAAGGCUCGCGUCGCGGCCCAGGAGAGAUCAUCGGCAAUGUUUGCUGAUAGACUCUCGCAGGGGAACACGUCGAACUUGUCAGGCAUGGGUUUGGGGGUCAAUAUCGAUGCGAGUCGAAUCGCGGCUAUCCGAGCCAAUAUGGCGAACCAGAACAAACCACAGUCCCCCACCCCUUCAAAGCCCGGCGGCGUGAAUGGGACACCCGGAACGAGCCAUGUACCUUACAAGGUGACUCCAGUCCCAGUCCCCGUCAUCCCUAGCCUGCAACGCAAGCCGACUUCAUAGUUUAGGUAAACUCAUAAACGAAUGUCACGGUAUUGGUAAGGGGUGGUUACGCUUUUGUGAGUAGCAACACUUUUAUGGCGUUGUUGAAAAAGGGCGUUGAGAGGGCUUUAGGUUCGUAUAAAGGAGUUUUUUUUUGGCACAAAAAUUUGACUUGAGAGAAUGAUUACACGCUUUCGAAGACGAUAAUGCAAGGAAUUGCCCUCAGUUUUUUUU